AUCUUGCCAAGUUGCCUCAAGUCGCGUCCUGGAACGUCGCACCCGAGUCGCUUUUAGACGUUCCCACUGCAAAAAUGGCCCUUGCUCAGAAGUCUGUUGCAAUGCGCGCGGGCUCGCGUCGCCCUGUCAAGGUGCGCGCGAGCGCGGAGCCCGCGACUGUGCAGGCACCGCCCGCGCGGGUCGUGGUCAAGGCCCACGGUGCCUACACCGUUAAGGGAACGGUUCGCAAAAUUAACGAGGACCGAUUCGAUGUCAAGGUGGCGGGCCCCGGCGCCGCGGGUGAGCCGUUCGCCUGGGCCGGCGUGUACGACGGGCACGGCGGCUUCGCCACUGCGGAUUGGCUGCAGAAGCGGCUGUUUGGCGUGGUGGAGAAGGAGUGGGCGGCGGGGUUCAAGCCCGAGUACACCAUCACCGAGGCCUACCUGGCCGCUGACAAGCAGCUGCUGAGCACCGGCGCCGGCUUCAUGGGCAUGGGCGAGCGCGGCGUGGGCGGCAGCAAGUGUGGCGCCACCGCGGCCACCACGCUGCUGUUCCCCGCGGCGGACGGCACCACGCAGCUGCUGGCGGCCAACUGCGGCGACGCGCGCAUUGUGCUGGUGCGCGGAGGCCAGGCGGUGCAGCUGAGCGAGGACCACGUGCCCGACCGUGAGGCGGAGCGCCGCCGCAUCGAGUCCAUGAACCCCAACCCCAAGCUGCCGCUGGUGCGCUAUGUGGGCGGCACGUGGCGUGUGGGCGGCCUGCUGGCGCUCAGCCGCGCGUUCGGGGACGCAUACCUCAAGAGCAGCCUGCAGUUUGAGGGCAUGCCCGCCGGUAGCGACGGCUACAGCUCCGGUUUCGGCGUCAUUGCGGAGCCCUACACACAACUCACGCCGCUCACAGCCGAGGACAGCUGGCUGGUGGUGGCCAGUGACGGGCUGUACGCGGAGGAGGAGCGCGGCGGCGGAGGCGGCCUGGACAACGCCGGCCUGGUGGAGUUGCUGUCCUCGGUGCCCGCCGGCGCCGACCUCAACAAGGUGGCCCAGACCCUGGCCAGCACCGCCGUCACGCUGGGCUCCACGGACGACGUGACGCUGGUGGUGAUGCGACUGGGCACCGCCUAGGCCGCACGCCGGCAGGCACACAGGCGGCUGAGUCCCUAGGCGGCGGAGUCCUAGGCGGCGGAGUCUAGGUAAAAGGUUUGUUGCAGGCGAACGGGUUGGAAGGGCAGAUGUUGGUAGAGUGUGCCGAUUGGAGGCUCCGAGGCAGGUGGCUGUCGCAGCCGCUCGACAGGGGCGCACGGGACUUGGGUGAGCAGAGUGCCUGACAGGAUUGCUUUUGCGCACAGCAGCAGUGUGAGCGAGUAGCGAGGAGAAGAAGUAAGAAAGGAAAGAGGGCGCAGGUCCGACCCUGUACUGAGUGUUAUUAGCAGGUGCGAGACGAUCGUGCUUUUGCAUGAGGUUUUGAAUGGAAGGAAAUAAGACGGUUGGUCAGUUGCUUUGCGUGUGCGCGUUGUGCCGCAUUCCGGCGGCUUGGUCUGGAGGGGCUUGUGAAGCCGUAUGGUAUAAGGGUGCUCUGCAAAUGAUUUUGAUUGUGUUGACCGAUGGGGUGAGGUGAGGGUUGGUUACGUUUGGCGAUUGGUGUGGCUGUGCCUGUAUGCUCGGGCGUUUUGCUUUGCGUUGGCCGGUUGCGUGUGUCAAACCCUGUGGAGUCCCCGGUUCAGAACUGAUUAUAACGAGAGCGCACAGGCGCGUGUAGGCUGCACAUGCGUUGAAAGGAGCAUUGAGCGUUCGGGAAAAGCGACGACGCAGGAUGGUGGUCGGGGAUGGUGGGCAGGGAUACGCUCGUGCUGACAGGAUGCAGGCGACGUAAAGCUAGGUACACACAUACGGGCAAGUAGCAUUGCGCUGUCAAGCUGUCGGCAUGCAGAAAGCGAGAGCAUGCGUCCGAGUGUAUACCCUUGUAAACCAAAUUCAAU